AUGACUCCAACAUUCGUUCAAGCUGGACAUAAUUUAAAAGCUAUCUGGAUGAAAGAAAUUGGUAAUAAGAGAGAGGAAAGAAUUACGAUUUCAGAUACAAUUGCAGAUAUAACAUUGGAUGUUAUUGGCCUUACUGAAUUAGCUAAAGCAUACGAUUUCGUAACUAAGCAAAAUCCAACGCCUUUAUACGUUUAUCUUUGCAGAUUUUUUCCGUUUAUCAGAAAAUUGCCAACGAAUGAUAACUAUAAAUUUUAUGAUGCUGUUAACACUAUCAAUAAUGUUUCCGAGAAAUUACUUGCUGAUCAAAAAAAUAGUCCUGUUCAAGGAACAGAUUUAUUGUCAAUAUUGGUAAAAGCAAAUUAUCAAUUACCCGUUAAUGAACAAUUAACUCAUCCUUGGGCAUUAUACUUUCUAGCAAAGAAUCCUGAUUUUCAAGAUCGUCUUCGCAAAGAAUUACUUGAUAUAUUUCCCGAUCGUGAUUAUCAUCCAACUUUUGAUCAAAUUGAAAAAUUGAAAUUUUUAGAUUGUACCGUUAAGGAAACUUUAAGAUUCUUUCCGCCUGCAUCAAAUAUAACCACAUAUAAUUUCUUACCUUUUGGCACCGGUGCAAGAACUUGUUUGGGAAUAAAAAUGGCAGUUUUAGAACUUAAAUGUAUGUUAGCUGUGCUUAUUAGAAAUUUUGAGUUUAAAUUAGUUGAAGGUUUUACUUUUGGAGUGAAAUAUACGACUGUAGCUAAACCUCUUCCCGGAAUUGAUCUAUUGGUUUCAAGAGUAGAUUGUUAA